AGCAAACCGUAUAGUAAGAAACAUAAAUAUGAUAAAAUGGAUACCAGUCAUGAUAAUAUUUAUGAACAUCAGAGUAAAAGGAAGAAAUUGAAUAAUGGAGAAACGUUCGAUACUAAUACCUCUUUAGGAGAAAAAUAUGUUGAAAAAAAUGAGGUAGUGGGUAAUGCCGAUGUUUAUGGCAGUAAAAGUAAUGUACCUCCGAAGAUUCAACAUAUGAUGCAGAAAAUGGGGCACAAAGUAGGUAAAGGUCUUGGAAAAAAUGAUCAAGGUCGUGUCGAACCUAUAGAAGCAGUUAAGCAAUGUGGACGAAGAGGAUUUGGACAUUACGUACCAGGACUCAAGGAAGCAAGUCUCAAGUGGAAUCCUCUAGAAGAAGAAAUAAAAGUUAUAGAAGAUAUUGAAUGGUUAUCAAACAUACAUUCUAGUAUACCUUUUGCUGAAGAUAUAAAUUCACACUGGAUAAAGCAUGGACCGAGGAAACAGAUUAUAGAUGACGAAACCAAGUUUUGCCAUCCGAACAUUCUGAAGCAGAUCGUUAAUUCUAAAACUAUAUUUGACAGAUUGGACAAAACAGAAAUUCGUAAGGCAAGAACGCGUUCAAAUCCAUACGAAACAAUUCGUUGUGUAAACUUCUUGAAUCGUGCAGCAGUCAAGAUGGCGAAUAUAGACAGAGCGUGUGAUUUUAUGUUUACUGAUCCGAAGAAUGUUGAUCCCAAUGAAUUGUUGUACUUCGCAGAUGUUUGUGCUGGUCCAGGUGGUUUUAGCGAAUAUGUUUUGUCAAGAAAGAAGUGGCAUGCCAAAGGAUUUGGAUUCACUUUGAAGAAAGAAAAUGAUUUUAAGUUGGAUGAUUUCUUUGCUGGCCCAUGUGAAACUUUUCAUCCAUUUUACGGUCCCAAAGAAAAUGGAGAUGUAUUUGAUGAGCAAAAUCAAAAGGAGUUUAGAUCGUUGGUGAUGAGACAUACUAAUGGUAAAGGCGUACAUUUCAUGAUGUCGGACGGAGGAUUUUCAGUGGAAGGUCAAGAAAAUAUACAGGAGAUUUUAUCGAAGCAAUUAUAUCUAUGUCAGUGCUUAGUGGCGUUGAUGAUAGUGAGACCAGGUGGACAUUUUGUUACAAAACUGUUUGAUCUGUUUACACCUUUUAGCGCUGGACUUGUUUAUUUGAUGUAUCAUUGUUUUGAAAGUAUUUCAAUUUUCAAGCCCAAUACUUCCAGACCAGCUAAUUCAGAACGUUACUUGAUCUGUAAAGGGAAGAAAAAAGAUACGCACAUGGUGAUGAAUUAUCUUUCCCAUAUUAAUCGCUCACUUUCAAAGAGAGACGAUAUCAACGAUAUAAUCGAAAUAGUACCUCUCGAUAUAUUAGAAGAGGACACCGAAUUUCUAAGAUACCUGAGAAAUUCCAAUGAUACUUUAGGAAAAAAACAAAUAGUAAAUUUGUUAAAAAUUGCCGCAUUUUGCGAAGAUUCAACAUUGAUUGAACCCAAGCAAGCAGAGAUGCGAAAAGAAUGCCUUAAAUAUUGGAAUUUACCGGACAGAACUAGAGUAAGGCCUCAAAUAUCAAAGCCGCAUGACAAGGCGCAAGAAAUAUUAGAUAACUCCAUUGAGUUACUCAAAUGUGAAGCCACAGAAUUGACGAACGACAACAUACGGGGUACGAUUUUAAAUCAGCCCUAUGAUUGGUAUUGUAUGCCAUGUGGUUCGGGCGCAUAUGUAGAGACAGAAAAGAAAGCGACAUUUUACUUGAGCCUAGGAAGACAACAGGUGUACCGGUAUGUCACAGGCAAAUGGGUGAUGAUAGGAAGCGAUUCAGUAAAAAUCGAGCUACCAUCCAAUACUCUUGUGUAUGCUGAGCUAGUAUACGAAUCAAGAUUGGCAGGAAAGUGUUUUUUGAAGACAUCUGCGUUACAUAUUAUAGAUGCUUACAUGCUUGGUGGAGAAGACGUAAGCAAGAUGUAUUUGUCCCAACGAUAUAAACUCACAAAGAAAUUUUGCGACGCGUUGUGGAAGCCGUCGAACGAUUACAGUCGCGUUCGUGCCAAAGAAAGAUUCCUACUGACACCAGAUAUACAUAGAAGAUUGAAAACCACAUACAAUACAACCCCGUGCUUAAAGUUGCCCAUCGGAUUUGAACUCGCAAAGAAUCCACUGGAACGAGACAUGAGCAUAGUUAAUACAACAGAAUAUCAUGAAAUGAAUCUGAAGGAACCCGUGCAAGAACAACCUGUCUAUUCGUUAUUUAACAGCGUGAUAUUCAUACGAAGUAUUGCUAAACCAUGGGCACGUCAUCUUAGCCAAAAGACAGGUGAAUUUUAUGUUUAUAAUGCAAUAACCAAACAAUCGGAGUUUGAAGUUCGAAACAAGUUGCACAAUAGACCACCUGAUGCUGAAGCAAGUUUCGCCCAAGCAUUCAAGGAACGAGUUACCUGGAAUUGGCCGAAUGAUACCAAUACAUUACAUAUGAAUACUUUAAUUCAAAUGUUAAAUCCCAGAAGUACUUAA